AUGGCUCCUCCAAUGUAUAGAACAGUCAAGUCGCACGAUGGACACGUUGAGUUGGAAGAAAUCAAAGCUACGUGUAAGAAGCAUGAAACGCUGUGCAGACAAUUUGCUGAGUGCAGCAGAGAGCUAUCACAGAAUGAUGCGCAACUUGAGAUUCUGGGUGAAACAGCUACAUUUCUUCGACAUCAACAUGCCCAAAUUAGGAAAAUAAUUGAUGAGAAAUCACAUUCUUCCGAUGAAUUGGCUUUACUGGAAGAAGAAAUUCUUUCAGUUGAUCGUCAAGUCUGUGUAUGGAUGAAGGAGCUUCAAGAAAUCAAUGAGAAUCGCCUACAGAUUGAGAUUCGCUUCCUUCAAUUACGUAAUGAAUUAAAGAAGAGUGUUACUUGUGUUCAACUAGCCUCAAUUGACUUUGAGCUUAUCCAAAUGAGACAUAACGAACGAUGGUCACGGUUUUUGGCAGAUCAUGUCCCAUCAAGUCAAUUAUCUUCUGCGGCAACAGCAUGUGAUUCUCAAUAA